UGCCAGACCAAAAAGGGUUCAUUUCCCAAGUGCCAUGAAAACCAUUCCGGUGCUUUUGCUUUGUUGUUUCAUGACUCUCCUUUUUGAGCUUGCUUGUGCUGCACCACCUUAUGAUACCCCUCCUUAUAAUAUAUGCUCAGUUGUUACUAAUAACUCUACAGGCCACAGUACGUUUCAAGAAAACCUUGAGAGUUUACUCAAUUUAUUACCUUCCAACGCUUCUGUUUCCAAGUUGUACAAUGGUUCAAUUGGAAAUGAGCCAGAUAGAGUUUACGCUCUCUAUAUGUGCCUCGACUUUGUUUCAAACGAUACAUGUCACAAGUGCAUAGAGGCCGCACAAUCAGACAUUAUGAAACUCUGUCCUAAGUCAAAAGAAGCAACUGUAUGGGAGGAAUGGUGCCAGCUGCGCUACUCCAGUGAGAAUUUCUUUGGCAGAUUAAAUGUAUCGGACAACAACGUUCUUCAAGUCAAUACACAGAAUAUUUCAGAUCAGCCAGAAAAGUUCAAGUCUGUUGUGAAUCAAAAGCUGAGUGAACUCACUAAGAAAGCAGCUUAUAAUGAUUCUUCUCCUAAGAUGUAUGCUACUGGAGAAGUGAAUUUUGGAGAUAAAGUGAUAUAUGCUCUUGUGCAGUGUACUACCGAUUUAUCUGAAGGUGACUGUGACAAAUGCCUUCAGACAGCCACAGAAGACGUUUUAAGAGAAUAUUUUUUCUCCAUGGGUGCAAGACUUUUCAGUCAUAGUUGUUUUCUGAGGUAUGAGUUAUACCCAUUCUACAGUUAUCCAACACAAGCUUCUAAGGGUGGAAGGAAGGUUAGGUUGAUAAUAAUCCUGGUGAGCCUAUCAGCAUGCCUGGCGGUAGUACUUUUUGGUUUCUAUAUAUUUCUUGCAAUGAAAAGGAGAAAUAGAAAAGACAAUAGUGUAAUUUUAGGUUUACCUACACUAGUCCAUGAAAACCAAUUAAUAGGAAGGAACAACCUCAAAGCUCAGGAGUACCCCAAUAUCAGCUUUGCAUCUAUACGAGCAGCUACUUCCAACUUCUCUGAGUCGAAUAAACUUGGGGAAGGUGGUUUUGGUCCUGUUUACAAGGGUAUCAUGAGUGAUGGAAAGGAAGUGGCGAUAAAGAGGCUGUCAUGCUGUUCUGAGCAAGGGUCAGAGGAAUUCACAACUGAGGUUCAACUGAUAAUGAAUCUUCAACAUAAAAAUCUUGUCAGGCUCCUGGGUUAUUGUGUAGAUGGAGAGGAAAAGCUUCUUGUAUAUGAAUACAUGCCAAAUAGCAGUCUAGAUGUCGUUCUUUUUGAUUCAAUGAAACGUGCACAACUUGAUUGGACCGGACGUAAAAAUAUUAUUACUGGAAUUGCAAGGGGAAUUCUCUACUUGCACGAGGAUUCUCGACUUAGAAUCAUCCACAGAGACUUGAAAGCUAGCAAUGUAUUACUGGACAAUGAGAUGAACCCAAAGAUCUCAGAUUUUGGCAUGGCCAGGAUCUUUGCAGGAAGUGAAGGACAAGCUAAUACUGCUAUAAUAGUUGGGACUUAUGGAUACAUGGCUCCUGAAUAUGCAAUGGAGGGAUUAUAUUCUUUCAAGUCUGAUGUCUUUAGCUUUGGAGUACUCCUUCUUGAGAUAAUAACUGAGAGAAAGAACGCCAACCGUGCUAGCCUCCCAUCAUAUGCAUGGAAAUUAUGGAACGAAGGAAAAGGACUGGAGCUAAUUGAUCCAUUUCUGGUUGGUUCCUGUGAUUCAGAUGAGUUUUUGAGAUAUCUCCAUAUUGGAUUAUUGUGUGUUCAAGAAGAUGCAUAUGACAGGCCAACCAUGUCUUCUGUCGUUUUAAUGUUGAAAAGUGAAACUGUAAAUCUCAGCCAACCUGGAAAACCUGCCUUCUCCAUUGGAACAUUCAGUAAUGUCCAUAAUAAGGCUGGUGCUGUUAGUAGCUCUUAUAAUGGACUAACAAUUUCCAACAUAGCGCCACGAGAUCCACUUUCAGUUAUGGUUUUCAUAAUUAUACUACUUUUAAUGCCUACCACCUUUUCUGGUGCAGAUCUUCUUUUCAAAGAUUGUCCAUCCAGAACCUACACUGCCAAUAGUCCAUUUGAAAAUAAUCUCAAGCUGCUCCUUGAGUCAUUGUCUUCCAAUACUUCAAUCUCUGGUGGUUUCUACAAUGACACGAUUGGCAAUAGCAGUGACCGGGUCUAUGGACAAGCACUUUGUAGAGGGGAUGUAAACUCCACAGUUUGUCAGAGCUGUGUUCAUGAUGCAAGCGAGGAUAUCUUCAAGAGUUGUAAAGCUCAAGAAGCAAUUAUAUGGUAUGAAUUAUGUCAAGUUCGCUAUUCCUCUACCGUGUUCUUUACAAUGAUGUUAUAUGAUGGGAAGAUUCCUGAGAAGAAUAAGCAGGAGAAGAAUGUAUCAAAUCCAAAUCAGUUUGGUGACGUUUUGAAGAACUUAAUGAAAAAGCUCUUGGACCAGACUGCCUAUACUUCUAAGCAUAUGUUUGCAACCGGUGAUAUGAAAUUUUCAGGAAGGCAAUCUAUUUAUGGCCUACAACAGUGCACUAGAGACAUUCCUCGAAGUGACUGCUAUAAAUGUUUGGAUAUCGCUCGUGCUGAGCUUCAGAAAUGCUGCUCUGCUCUCGAAGGUGGAACCAUUGUCAGUAGGAAUUGUAAUGUGAGGUUUGAGCUCGACCAAUUUUUCAAUGACAUUUAUUCCAAAGGGGACAAGGGGAAGACCUGGAAGGUGGUCGUUACAUGUGUAUCCACUAUACUAUCAGCAGUUUUCAUUGUACUUUGUGCUGUCUAUCUUCGGUGGGGAAGGAGAUUGGAAGAUGUCCAAGAUGAAGAAAGAAGCCAGCAUGGACUAUUACCUGAAUUACUAAACCCCACUGGAGUCACAAUCAUUGAAGAAGACAAAAUGGUAAGUUCUGAAGAGCUGCCAUUCAUUGAUCUAGCUACUAUAAGGAAAGCUACAGAUGACUUUUCAGAUUCGAACAAGCUUGGACAAGGUGGAUUCGGUGCUGUUUACAAGGGUUGGCUAGAUGGGAAAGAAGUAGCUGUUAAAAGACUAUCAAGAAAGUCACGGCAAGGCUUAGAGGAGUUUAGAAAUGAAGUCUCUCUCAUUGCAAAGCUUCAACACAGAAACCUCGUGCGGCUUUUGGCAUGUAGCUUUGAGGGAGGAGAAAAGCUGCUUUUGUACGAGUUCAUGCCAAAUAAAAGCCUUGAUACUUUUAUCUUUGAUUUGGAAAGACGAGCUGAACUCAAUUGGCAAACAUAUCACAACAUCAUUGAAGGAAUAGCCAGAGGACUUCUGUAUCUUCAUGAGGAUUCCCGGCUUAAGAUCAUUCACAGGGAUUUGAAGCCCAACAAUGUGUUGUUGGACCAUGAAAUGGUUCCAAAAAUAUCAGACUUUGGAAUGGCAAGGAUAGUUUGUGACAACCAGAACAUUGCCAACACUAAAAGAGUUGUAGGAACACACGGCUACAUGGCUCCCGAGUACGCAAUGGAGGGACUAUUUUCUGUAAAAUCUGAUGUCUUCAGCUUUGGAGUAGUCUUGCUUGAGAUUAUAAGUGGGAAAAAGAAUAGUGGGUUCUACCUCACGGAACAUGCCAAGACGCUCGUUGAAUACGCAUGGACACUAUGGAAGGAUGGAAAAGGGUCGGAGUUUGUGGAACCUUUUUUGAUGGAAUGUUGCCCGAAAGCAGACAUUUUGAAAUACUUGCAGAUUGCGCUUUUAUGUGUCCAGGAAGACCCUGAAGAAAGACCAACAAUGUCAGCUGUGGUUGUGUUGCUGGGAAAUGAUGACUCAAUUGGUCUUCCUGAACCAAAGAAACCAGCCAUAUUUGCAAUAGGUAGAGUUGCUCCAAUAAACGAGUAUACACAUACCGCUAAUCCUACUUCAAAUCAGCUCACUCUUUCCAUCAUUUCACCGAGGUGAAUUCAUUUUGCUUGCUCACUAAUUUACCAGACUCAACAUCUAAAACUGUUCGAUCGAUG